UUUUGCAAAAUCCAAUAUGGUUUCGAUCAAAAAAUGUGUGAAUUGUUCUUUAUUUGCUACCAUUACAUACGUAGUUAGUUAUCAAUUAAAAAUUCAAUGUGUUAUUUAGAUGUAUUUUUAAUUCGAGGACGAUCUCAAUUUUUAUAAUUGUCUACAGGGUUCCAAUGGAGAAGUGCAACGAAUUAGUGGAAAAUGAGUGUUCUCUGAAGCCUACCUUUGACCUCAAAGAUAACUUGGAUCAUAGUAGUUGCCUUUCGGAAAACUCCAAGCGGCCUGAAAAAUUAGUGGGAGACUCAAAUUAUAAUAUAGAAGUAGUCAAAGGUGGGAAAAACUCAGCCUUCAAAGAUGUCCAAGCCAGCUCUUCAUGUUCUAAAGCAAGAAACUCGACAAGUGCACAUGCGGGACCAAACGGAUGUGGGUUAGAAAUAAAUUCAGCCGAAAAAUUAUCACACUUACUCAACCAUUUACUUAAUUCUGGUGGACAUGAUAACGCUUGUAACCCAGAUAGCUCUAGUCAAAUUUCAAAAGUAUCUAGUGAGUUAAGUUCGGAACAUUCUGUUGAAGUGAAUGACAAACAUUGUAACCAUAACAAUGUUGAAAACAGUGGGCCUUCUAGUGACGGAACCAAAUCAAUUGAACCCCCUGUAAAUAAUUUGAGGGAAGUUGAAGAUUCAGAUGCAAGUGUAUCAAAACUAGAAUAUGUUUCUUAUGAGUCUGAACUUCAAAUGCCUGAUAUUAUGAGGCUGAUACAAAAAGACCUUUCAGAACCAUAUUCGAUAUACACGUAUAGAUAUUUCAUCCACAAUUGGCCAAAACUUUGUUUUCUGGCCAUGGAUGGCAAUACGUGCGUUAGUGCCGGUGCCAUUGUAUGCAAACUUGAUAUACACAGAAAAGUCGUUAAAAGAGGAUACAUCGCUAUGCUCGCUGUCGACGAGAACUACAGAAAACGGAAAAUAGGGUCAAAUUUGGUGCUUAAAGCGAUUCGUGCAAUGGUAGCAGAUAAUGCUGACGAGGUGGUGUUGGAGACAGAAACAAAUCAACCAGCACUUCGUCUGUACGAGAAUUUAGGCUUUGUAAGAGAUAAACGAUUGUUCAGGUAUUACCUGAAUGGGGUUGAUGCACUACGACUGAAACUGUGGUUGAGGUGAAAAAAUCACUACUAA